AUGCCUCGCGCUCCUCUCCGCCGCCGUCAGCUUUACCGGAACGGCCCAAACCUACGCGGCGCAAAACAGAUCAACAACAGCACUGCUAAACUGGAACUAGAGAAGAAGUUGGCGCACAAACCAAUCGGCCCUCGACCGACCGACAGCGAUGAUAGCGAUAAGCUCGUUGUCAAAGGCAAUGGGAGGAGAGGGAGAAAUGUCCCAAGGCAGGAGAUUUACGCUUCUGGCGCAGUGGCUGCUGGUGACAAGCCGGGAAACUAUCCUACCCGGGCGCAAAGGAGGAAGAAUAUGACCAAGACGACUAAGGAGAUCAUUGGGAUCGAUCAACGGGAGACGCGAAAAAAGGCGGGAUCCGUCCCUGUCAGCAAAGAGCUACAUCAGCCCGUGUCUGGACGUCCCACCAUGAAUGGCAUCUCCAAAAAUGUUGCAGCUACGAAUCAGGUACCUCCCACGGCUAUGUCGCCAGCUACGAAACCCCCUGGCUCUGUUUUGCGGGCCACACAUGCGACUUCGAACAGAGAAGAUUCCAUUCUCGGUACGUUGAAACCCAGGCGAAGGCAGCCUAGCAUUCUGCAAGACUUGGACCAGGAUUCGUCGAGUUUUGACCUUGGAGACGGAGAUGACUUUCUCCCCGAUGACGAGUCUACACCGUUUGGUGCUUCAAAACUAUCGACCAAACCUACAACACCCGCUUCAGCGUCACCCGCACCGCUGCCUUCAUCACGGAAACGAAAAUUUGGCCACCCCAAUCCUCUUGAGCCCGCCGUGAUCGAGUCGGCGCAAAGGCCAGCCACAUCACCCUUAGAAGUUAUGCAUACAUUGGAAGCUACCCCCGAACCCUCUCUUCCAGCAGUACCGCUAUCCGUGCUGCGUGAAUCAGGACGAAAGCAGCGCGAGAGUGUUCGCGACGAAGACGACAUCAUGGCGCUCCCCCAGAGCAGUUCCUCGCCAGCGCCAUCUCCUGCACGCAGAAUACAUUCGGCAUCUAGAAAACGAGGAAAGAAUCCUGCGACCCUCGCACCUGUCAUGACCACAGCGGAGCUCCAGACUCACAUGAUGCCCACCAAGAAACGAAGGACGCAGCGGGAGCGGAAACAGCGCCGCGAACAGUUUGAUAUUCCGGCCGAUAUCGAACCUUCAGAUUCCGACGCUUCCGAGGAGGACGUGUCGAAUUUCCUCCCCUCGAAGACGAGGUAUAAAACACGACAGAAAGGACCUUCGACCAGGGCAGGUCUAACGCAGACCAAAGCGAAAUCUGGGAAAGCUAGAAAGCAGGACAACGCUGCUACGUCGUCAAAAUCAAGGUCAAAAUCAAGUACGAACCUUCUCAUCACUACCACUUCACCUAUAUUGAGGCCAUCUACUUCGAAUCGCGAAACUAAGUCUCCAUCACAGCGUUCUACAAACAAAUCAUCGAGUAUCAACGCGGAAUCUCAGGUAGGACUAUCGAAGCAGUAUGGUGGCUCCCUCCGCAAAGGUCGAGGAACGACCCAGACGCACGACAAGGAAAACCAUUAUUCUCAUCCAGAUAAUGAGCCUAGUCAUGUUCGAGGCGACGACACGAAUACCCUAGGCGAAACGGAAGAGGUACCCUCAGAUGCAGGUGGGGAGGGUCAGAGCAAUCCAAGACCGGUUGGAAAAAGCAAGUGGGCAGAGAUAGACGCUUGGGAUAUGGAUUUUGAGGACGUUGAAGUUACGACUGGAUCGGGAAGUAGCUCGCCGACACGGAGGUGA